GGAAAAAGAAGAAGUUUGAGGUUAUUGGUUAUUAUUUCAUAAAAAUGUUCGUAUGUAUUUAAAUCAAAUUGUAAUGAAAUUGUUGAAUGAAUCUACUUCGCAUAAACAUUUUUCGUAUAGUAAAAAAUUUCCAUACUACAGCUAUGGCUAAAAGCAAAUUUGAAUACGUUAAAGGUUUCGAGACUGAAGAUAAAAUAUUGCCAAACUGUUGGAUAGUUGUACGCGUAGAUGGUAAAGGUUUUCACAAAUUUUCAACAAAACACAACUUUAUUAAACCGAAUGAUUCACGAGCUUUACUUUUGAUGAAUAAAGCAGCAGCUACUGUUAUGCAAGAAUAUAAAGAUAUAGUUAUAAGUUAUGGUCAUAGUGAUGAAUACUCUUUUGUUCUGAGAAAAGAAACAGAAUUGUAUAAUAGAAGAAAAGACAAAAUUAUGACUUAUAUUAAUAGUUUAUUCACAUCAUCUUACGUUUAUUUUUGGAGAGACUAUUUCCCUGAUCUGAAAAUGAGGUACCCACCAUCUUUUGACGCUCGAGUAGUUUUAUAUCCAUCAGAUCAAAAUUUACGGGAUUAUCUUAACUGGCGACAAGCUGAUUGUCACAUUAACAACUUGUAUAAUACAGCAUUCUGGGCUUUAGUACUUAAAGGUAAUCUUACCAAUGUUGAAGCUGAGAAAAGAUUAUGCGGAACAGUAUCAUCUGAUAAACAUGAAAUUUUAUUCACUGAAUUUGGUAUAAAUUACAACAAUGAAUCAGAGUUAUUUAAAAAAGGAACUAUAUUACUUAGGAAAUAUAUUAAGCAUCCUUUACAUGGAAAACAGAGAUUGGUAAUAUUUCCUUUACAUGAAGAUCUCAUCCAAGAUACUUUUUGGGAGCGACAUACAAAUAUAAUGUUGGGAGAAACCAGUCAAACUUAUGAUUACCCAAUAUCUGCUCCAUUACCUAAUUUAGUGUUACAACAACUACAUUUGGAAGAAAAUUUCUCAAGAAAAAAAGAGUUUUCUAAAGAAUAAGGGUUAUGUACUGAUUUAAAAAUUUUCCUAUCUGAGGUACAUUUUUCUUUGUCAUAAUGUAAUUCAUAUUUUGUUAAUUUUUUCUAAUGAUGAAAAAUUGGUGAUUAGAAAGUUUUUAUCAUUUCUUUUUCACUUAUUUUUUAUCAAGAUAACCCCUUGAAAAUAUAACCAACACCUGAGACUAUAACACUUCCUCUUCUAUAGCAUACUGUUCCCAACAACAAAUAUGUAUGGGGCGAUACUAUAAUAGUGAUCACUAAAACUAUGAAAUCCUAACUAAUAACUAAAAAUAUCACCUCAUUAACAUUAUCCUCAGUUUCGGCGUUUUUGGGCAAAAUAAAUUUGUUACCUUCAAAGGUUUGUAAUUAGAAGAGAACAAUUUAUGGCGUGAGAAAUCCCGUCCCUCUAGGCAUUCACCUCUGGAUAAAUCCUCGGAUGGAUGCGAAGAACAUUCCACUACCCCUUAUCAUUUCGACAGGUCCUCAUCCUCUUUCGCCCCUAGACUCCUUCCAUUCCCCUGGGAGAUUCUUAUCUUUUUGUUAAGAGUUAGCCUCUUAGCUAUACACUCUUGUCUUCUUGGUUGUCUCGACGUCUUAAGGUGUAUGUUUUUUGCUGUACAUUGUAGACAAAUCUUUUAAAAACGGGGGAUAAAUAUAAACUACUUCAUAGCACCUAUUCAUUUGAUCUAAAUAGGUGGGUAAGGAUGGGAAAUCACGGUACUACUCAAUUUGAAAGAUUGGUGGUAACAAAGAAAUAAUAAAAGAAUAUCUGCCCUGCAAUGUCACAUUAUUAUAUGUGGCCCUGGACUAGAAAAGUGUAUAACUACUGCAUAAGAUGAGCGCCCCUUUCUAGACUAAAGCUUUAAGUUUGUCUUUGUACCUUUCAGAUGCCACUGGGUUGUCACUUAACCUUAAAAAUAUUCACUCAUGUUGGAUAAACUUGGAUGCAAUUGUUAAAACUAAUGUGUAAUUCAAGCACAGACACAUCUGUCCUAAAGUUUCUAAAUUGCUUGAAAGCUCACUUGUAAAUGGACUGAAAAAACAACUGCAGAAAGGCUCAUCUUCAACUCUAUUACUUUCAUUGAAGCGGAUGUAAAAAGUAUUUUCUUUUGAUUACCAUGAAAGAAAAAAAUUCUCACUACCAGAAAAAUCAAGAAAAGCUAACAUUGGUACACAUGAAAAAUUAAUUUCUUUGUUCCAUGGUGCCCACCAGCUUUAUAAGUUCAUAUUUUUCUAUAAACUUUUUGGGUAAUAAUCUUGAAAAGUGAAACGAAACAAAUGAGGCAACAGAAAAAAUUUUAGGGCUAACAAUGAGUCUAAAUAGAUUUCUCUUUCUAUGUAGAUGUCUUCAGUUUGACUAUAGGGACACUAGACUACUAACUGAUAGGCUUGCUGCAGUGCGAGAUCUUCAACAAUUUGAGACAAACUGUCAGGCUUGUUAUUCGUGACAAAUUUUCGCUCUAACAGACGCAAAAGUUUACUAUACUUCCAAUUUAAAAGUACAUAUAUGCUGGAAAGCAACCUGGGGGCCCCUACUGUGUAAAUAAUAAAUGUAGUGGAAAGAAUUAUGGAGCCUAUUCGUCUUAAUGAGUCUAAUUAAAAAUUUUAAAUCAUUAUACAGGAAAGAAGUUAUUAGAAAAAUGAUAGCUGAUAUGUUCUUUAAGCAAUGAGGAUGGUGGACAAAGCUUUUCGAAACACCCCUUGCAGUAAAAAAUGCUUUAGAACCUCAAGAAAUCAUUGAAAAGGAAGAUAGUAAUGUGCCUGAAUAAUGGAAUAUCUACAUUUCUGGGUCAAACAUUACUUUUGAAGACUUCGUUAAUUGCGAUGAUGAAGUAGUCACAGUAGGGACGUUAACAGAGGAAGAAAUAUUGGAAUCAGUAAACAACUGCAUUGAAAGUGAUAAAAACGAUGAUUUUAACGACGAGCCACAAACUUCAUUUACGAGCGUAUCAAUCAACUGUACGAUCAUAUAUAUGUGUGCAAUGUGAAUAAAUAAAUAUGAUUAUUUAAAUUUCUGUAUUUUAUUAAACCAAACCUUCUGACGUAUUCGAGUAAAAAUAAGAACAAGGGUACAUACAUACACAUGUACAUACCUACCUUUAUCUUAACCUAUCCCUAACAUAGACCCUUGAUAAUUUAAAAUAUUUUGUGUUUUGGUUUUUUGUCCAUAAUAAAGUAUAAUUCAUUUUUUAUGUUCAUAUGACUAGGUAAUAUCUAAAAGUUUUAAUCUUUGACAAAUAAAUAAAAAUUAUUCGUCCAUGGUUUUAAUAUUUAAUUUAAAUAAUUCCAUUAUUAUAAAAAUUGUUUUAAACAAUAUAAAUAUCCGUAAUAG